AUGACUGCUGUUUUUCUGGAAAGUAGCUUUUGUGCAAGUAAAUUCAAGACUUGGCCCUCAACUGUUGAUGAUAGGCAAGUCCAAUGUUUCUUUUGUCAGCUUCAGCCUUUCUCUUGUGAUGUGAAAAGUUAUAGUUGCUGUUAUUUUUCUGACAAAUCAAGCCCCUUAGAUGAUGCUGAGGAAGCAAUGUUGGAGCUCUACUGUGAGCGGUCACAGCUAAAAGAUGGUCACACUGUCCUUGAUAUUGGAUGUGGCUGGGGAUCACUCUCCUUAUACAUUGCUCGAAAUUACAGAAAUUGCAGGAUUACUGGGAUUUGCAACUCCACAACCCAGAAUGCAUUCGUCGAGGAGCAGUGCCGGGAACAUCUGCUGCAGAAUGUGGAAAUUAUUGUUGCAGAUAUUAGCACAAUAGAGAUGGUGGCAUCCUAUGAUCGCAUAUUCUCCAUUGGAAUGUUCGAGGAUAUAAAUGAAGAUGACUGGAUUACUAGGUAUUUCUUCGCUGGAGGAACAAUGCCUGCUGCAAAUCUGUUGCUUUAUUUCCAGGAUGAUGUUUCUGCUGUCAACCAUUGGCUUGUGAAUGGGAAACAUUAUGCACAGACAAGUUGA